CGACAUCUAGCUGAUAUCAUUGUCUCUGGCAGAGCUGCGCGCGCGUUUGGCGCCGCAAUGGCCGACGGGUCGAUGCACGCAGCCUUGGGGCUGGCAGAGGCAGAGCCCCGCAAACGCCGCGGCCCCAUGAGCAAGAAGGAUAAACUGAGGAUCAGGAACCGCAACAGGAUGUUCCUGAGGCACUGGGACGAGGCUGGCAGGGGCGAGCGGCAGCUCGACAACGACGGCAAGGCGUUCUUGGAGCGCUACGCCAGCGCGACCACCCGACAG